CCAGCGAUCCAAAUGCCUACUGGUACUCCGUUGGAGUCAAAUUCUAAUGACGAUACGGCUAGCUCGCCAGAGAGCACAUAUAUCUCAACACCAACUGCUCCAAGCCCUACCCCUCAGGCAAUUCGACCGAAACUGACCAUUCCACUAUCGACACCCCUCCAGCCAUGGCAAACCGGUAGCCCAGUACAUCACAGUUAUCAAUCCACCCGCUCGGCUCACUCCCUCCGUUCAACUGACUCAACUCAAUCGGACCCGCGGCCCCCCGAAGACAGCACUCCAUAUCCCCACAGCGGUAUUCCACGGAGCACAUAUCCUAGGAAGGGUCCAGAAGGAGAAUAUAUAGUGCGAGUGUAUCAAUCACCCACUCGCCUGUCAGACACAUCACUCCUUUCAACGACCACUCGCCAACGGAGGCUGGCUAUGUCUGGCAACCUUCAGACCGUCUUUUGAAGACACCACUGGAGUCGCAAGAACGGAACCCAGUCGCAGAGUCUGAUGAAACCAGAACGCAGACUUUUCACCUCCCGCUAUUCGCAAAAGACGAGCCAGCUAUUCCCACCCCCCCCCCCCCCUUCUCCUCCGGACGCGUUCCUCAACCUCUGUUCGUAC